GCCCCCAAGCGCCACCGCCUCUCCCGCUGCCUCCAGGAAGGAGGGGGCCCCGCGGAUGCCCACGGGGCGAGCAGCCCAGAUGCUGGCGCGGCCCUGGGCCCCCAGGGAACAUGGGCGUGCUCAGGGCUGGACUGUGCCCGGGCCUUACCCCGGACACGGUCCAGCUUCUGAAGACCCGCGGACUCAGAACAGUGGUGGACCUGGUUUCUGCAGACCUGGAGGAGGUAGCCCAGAAAUGUGGUUUGUCUUACAAGGCUCUGGUUGCCCUGAGGCGGGUGCUGCUGGCCCAGUUCUCGGCUUUCCCCUUCAAUGGCGCUGAUCUCUAUGAGGAACUGAAGACCUCCACUGCCAUCUUGUCCACAGGCCUUGGAAGCCUGGACAAACUGCUCGAUGCUGGUCUCUACACUGGAGAGGUGACAGAAAUCGUGGGAGGCCCAGGAAGCGGCAAAACCCAGGUAUGUCUUUGUGUGGCUGCAAAUGUGGCCUAUGACCUGCAGCAGAACAUCCUAUACAUUAAUUCCAGUGGAGGGCUGACAGCCUCCCGCAUCCUGCAGCUACUUCAAGCCAAGACUCCGGAUGAGGAGGAGCAGGCAGGAGCUCUCCAGAGGAUCCAGGUGGUGCAUGUGUUUGACAUCUUCCAGAUGUUGGGUGUGCUGCAGGAUCUCCGAGGCUCUGUGGGUCAGCAGGUGAGCAGUUCUUCAGGAACCAUGAAGGUGGUGGUUGUGGACUCGGUCACUGCGGUGGUCUCCCCACUUCUGGGAGGUCAGCAAAGGGAAGGCUUGGCCUUGAUGAUGCAGCUGGCCCGAGAGCUGAAGAGCCUGGCCCGAGACCUUGGUGUGGCAGUGGUGGUGACCAACCACAUGACCCGAGACAGGGAUAGUGGGAAGCUCAAACCUGCCCUUGGACGCUCCUGGAGCUUUGUGCCCAGCACCCGGAUUCUCUUGGAUAUCAGUGAAGGAGAAGGAGCAUCAGGCAGUCAGCGCACAGCAUAUCUGACCAAAUCUCCCCGUCUGGUGAGCUGGCCCCAGGGGAAAGCCAGAAAUCUGGGCCCUUGGCAGCCAACAGGGUUCCAGGAGAUAGUGGACAUUGGGACCUGGGGGACUCCACCACAGGGCCCAUUACCAGGAGGUCAGACAUGGCUGUGCUGUUGGUUGGGGAACGAGAGGCAUCAAGGCCCCCCGACUCCCAAGUGCAGUGAUGCCCACUGCUCAUGCCACCCAGCAAAGGGACUGCAGUAGAAGCUCUUGGGCUGGGCGAAAGAGACAUGUGUUUCCUCUGCCCCUCUCUGGAAACGUAGAGCUACAGGUGAGAGAAUGUACAGCAGAAGGACCCAGAAAUUCGUGCCGGUGCAAAGUUGUCUUCCCUUGUUUCUACCACAUUUGUUGCCACUGGGGCCACAUUCACCCUGACUUGUCAUCUCUGAAGAGGCAAGGCUACUGACUGGACAGAUGACCUGUGUGUCAUCCUCAUACCUGUGCUCUGUCCUAACACGGACUGAGUCCUAAAGCCUCUAGCUGCUGCUGCCCUCCCCUUUUUUUAGUUACUGGGUGGAAGUAACCUCAUAAGUGCAGAACUCUUUAUCUAUGUCCUGCUUUUAAAAAUAUAACAAGAAAGUCCGUGAGCCCCAGAGUCACCCAGUUUCCCCCCAUAAGGUUUAUUUUUUAGUUUUCCCCAGUGAGGCCCCAAAGACUGGUUAUUCCUUUUUUCCUCUUACUGACUUGGUUUCACACACCUGCAUGCAUCAGCAUGGCUAGGUGAGACUGGGAGCUCGCUGCAAUCCCAGGGAUAUAAUUUAACAGGGAGGGAGGAUGUGACCCCAGUGAAUCCAGCUGCCUGUUUAUUAUGCACAGUGCCCUUUGGGGCCUCUCCACAGUAUAGAGUAGCCAGAGGUGCAGAACCAUGGCCUUGCUCAUAAACAGAGGAGAAUUUGCACAGUGAUUAGAGCCAGCUGGGGAAAUUGAUGCUGGCAUAAAUAGUACAUGGCAGAUCUCAUCCUUUAUGCAGAAAUUCAUUGGUGGUGGCUUUGAGAUGGAAUAUAAUUACCCUUCUUUUCCUGCCAGCUAUACCACAGCCUAGUGCCCUAGUGUAUGAAAUAACCCCCCGUCUGUUAUGGGCACUGUUGCUCCGUCUGAGCUGUAUCCCUGGCUGGGAGGGGAGGAGGGCACCAGGGAAGGAAUAACAAAAAGCAAAAUAGAGAAAUGAUCAGAAUUAUUUACUGACCAUAUUUUUUAAAGGAAAGUUUCCUUUCUUGGUUACAGAACUGGUUGUGUAAUUAAUUAGUUGUGUCUUGGCUGCAGGAAAGGGGAUUCAGAGUUACAGGGGGAAGUUGUGACAUUCAGAGAUGAUGAACACAGCAGGGGUAGAAGCAUUGAAACGAGUGGCAGACUGGCUUGAGGGUAUCUGAGUUAGGAUGGGGUUGGUAAGCCUAAGACUGGGGAAGCCUUGGCACUGUUCACAGAAGACCCCAGGAGAAACAUCUUCAGGAUCUCUACCAUGAGUGGUUGGUGCAUUUCUACAACCAUAGUAAGAAAUAGUACGUUAAGCUAGGAAUGGUAAAUCCCUGCCACUUGUACCAUUUGGGCAUUCUGGGCCCAUGCAGACAGCAUUAGUUCAUCAAGCAGUCUUUUUUGCAGAGCUUGGAGUGUUUUGCAGUUUUUCUCCAUACAACUGUCCCGGUAGCUACCACCACUCAGUUGGAGUUGGCAUUUAAGGUGGGCAGAUCUGCCAUGCUUCCUCUAUGUGGUGAGUCAGGUACUUGUUCCCUGGCUGAGGACCCUAGAAUAAUGCAUUUUGAGAGGCCUGUAAAGAUCAUAUGCCCCAUCCUGUCAUUUAGUGGAAAAGGAAACUGAAGUCCAAAGAGAAGUGACAGCCCCAGUGGCAGAACAGGGGCUGGAUCUCAGGACUCCUGAUUCCUUGGCCAGGGCUCCUAUCUCCACAUUGCCGUUAGCUUUCAGCCCACACGGUUCUCUUCCCACUGGGGGACUCACUCCAGCUGAAGGUGCCACAGCCCUCACCCAGGUGGCCUCUCUGGCCAUGGGAUGGCGCCUGCCUCACUACCACCGCACACUGUGUUCGGGACUCACCACUGUGCAUUCCCCCUCCAGGCCUCCAGCCAGGCUGACUGCUGUCCAGCCGCCUUUGCUCCCUUUGCUUAGGUGUCUGCCUCGGCUCUCCCCCUACUGUGUUUGGUGCAUGCCCAGCCUGAGAGCCUCUCUUCUUCACACCUCACCUAUGGUCCAGACACACAUCAACCCCUGCAGUACCACUCCUACUUUCUGUUCACUUGUUCAUUUGUCUGCCCCUGAGCCUAAGAUCAACUUCAAGGACUCCCAUGUCAAUUUUUCUUUGGCUCUUUCCACAGCAUGAGAGCAAAUACCUGAAUGGGUGUGCUUUAAUGCAUUUUAAAUUUGACAAAGGAGAAAUGCAAGAAUGUGUCUCUUGAUCUACAUAGUCAUUGAGUUCCCACAGUGUUUUUUUAUAUAUCUUUCUACCAAGGACUGUUAUAUGUCCUUGAUUUGGUAUUAGAAUUAAUAUUGAGUCCCUACUAUAUGCUAGCACUUGGUAACUUUAAGUCGGGUGUAUCAACUCCCAAAGAUUCUCUCUGGCAAAAGGUCCAUGUGUCAUUGAGGGGGCUCUCUGCUAUAUGUAACAAAAUCUAGCUUAAAGAUGCUUACAACAAUAAGGACAUUAUCUCUAGUCACAUGAAGUCCAAGGUUGGCUCAUUCAGUGGCUCAUUGUCAAAGGGUGUAGGGCCUUUCCGUCUUUCUGCUGAUUUUGUCUUCAGACUUAAUCGUUCUCAUCAAGUGGAGGUAACCAUUCUGAAUAUCAGUGCAAACAUGAUGGUAUCCACAAGCAGGAACAUGAUCACCUCCUAGUUGUGUCCUUUUAUGAACCAGUAGAACUCAGGACUUCUUCCAACCAAAGCAUACUUACUUCAUAUCUCAUUGUCUCAGGAUUGUUUCAUGCAUCCAUGUCUUAAAUCAUGGCAAAGGAAAUAGGACAACUGUGAAUGGCUCAGACCAACCAGCAAAUAGCCCUGGGGAUGGGCUUUCUUUAAGCACACCCUGUAGCCAUUGCAAGAAAAUGGUAGUGCUCCUAGAAAGGAGGGUGUGUGUGUGGAGACGUUAGAUGUUGGGUGGGCCACCACUAGUGUCUGCAAUAGUCCAGAAGGCAAGUUUAAUGAGGCUCGCAUGUGCUGAGGCCCUUAGAUCUUAGGAUGGCCGUGUGUCAUGGGGUAUCGUUCCAUUUUACAGACUGUAUAGGAGCCCAGCAAGGUUAGGGGCAUAGAGCUAGUAAGUGGCAGCACCAAAAUCCAAACUCAAAGUGGUCCAAUUCCAAACUCUCCUUCUUUCCAUCCUCAUGCUGCCUUUGGCUAUGAGUAUGUAAAUACUUCAAUAAAAUGCUUUUUCGUAUUUUGCCCUGAUAGCAGCUAAGGCUACACAUCCCAACCUCUUCACAGCUUAGUUCAUAAAAAACUGGAUCAAAGAUCUACGUUAUCAGCUCUUUCUGAUUUCUUCUAGGGAAGUUAGGACAGAAUGACAAACACUUGGAGAAGGGAGGUUGUGUUGGUAUUAAAGUGAAUUGAAGGUUUAGGGGGAAAUAAAGCUGAAUAAAAAACAAUGGUGUUUACGUGCCCCUGAGAUGUGAGCCAGAAGAGAGAAGGGAUUUAGGUGCAUAUCCCACUAGGUUUUUGCUGUGUUCUGGCAUGGAGUUGUACUGGGUAGAGUUAAAACUGUCCAACUCAGUGUGUUAAGGAUGGGCAUUGGAGAAUAAAUUCUGUAAAAUAUAAAGUAUUCCUAUUUGAGAGAGGCUACAUGUUACCCCAGAAUGGAAUAGUUAACGACAAACACAGCAUGCUAACCCCAAUUUUGCUAUGGAGGCGACUCUCUGAGGGAGUUAUCACCUAAGAAAUCAGUGGUAGGGUAAUUCCUAAAGAGAAGGGCCAGUCUGAGUUGUGCUCCUUCCAGGACACAGGACUGGCUACGUAGCUGGUGAAUGCAUGGUAUAUUAUUCAUCAAAGAUUACACUCAAAGAAAGGUUUUUCCUCAUUUUUUCUUGUCUUACUACACUAGACUAACUUCAGAUACUAAGUUGAAAUAGAAGCAAUAAUAGCCA